UUGCGACUUGAGUAGUCUCCCUUUUCAGUAACCAGACGCCAUGGCUUGCUUGAAAGGAGUGAACGCUGUGAUGCUUGACAUUUCUGGUGUGCUGAAAGACACUGCCGAUGGUGCGGAUGUUGCAAUCCCUGGUUCAGUUAACGCUGUAAAUAGGUUGAAAGAAGCAGGUAUACCAAUUAGAUUCUGCACAAAUGAAACUACCACCACACGCAAAAACCUUGUAGAUCGCCUGCAAAAACUUGGAUUUAGCAUCAAGGAAGAGGAGGUGUUUUCCCCAGCCCCAGCUGUUUGCCAGGUUCUUCGCCAACGGGGGUUGCGACCUCAUCUCCUUGUUCAUCCAGCUUCAGAAGCAGACUUUGAUGCUGUGGAUAAAAAUAAACCAAACUGUGUUGUUAUUGGUGAUGCUGCUGAAAACUUUAGCUAUGAGAAUAUGAACAAGGCCUUUCAAACCCUCAUAGCUAUGGACAACCCAGUUUUAAUUUCCAUGGGAAAAGGAAAAUAUUACAAAGACAGCAACUCUCUCAUCCUUGAUGUUGGUGCUUACAUGAAGGCUCUUGAAUAUGCCUGUGACAUUGAAGCAGACGUUGUCGGGAAACCAUCUGCAUCAUUUUUCUUGGCAGUGUUACAAGACAUGGAGCGAGUGCCAGAAGAGACGCUGAUGGUUGGAGAUGAUAUAGAGAGUGAUGUAGGUGGCGCACAGCGAUGUGGAAUACGUGCAGCAUUGGUUAGGACAGGUAAAUACAGAUCCUCAGAUGAGAACCAUCCCAAAGUGAAACCUGACAUCAUCGUGAAUGAUCUUUCCCAGCUGGUUGAUGAGCUGCUUGCUGCGGGAGGCAAACUAUAAGAACAUUUGCUUUUUAAAAUGUUUUUAUGAAAUUGAUUUAUUAAUACGUGGAAACAGAAAAUAAAAUAUCGGCUGUAAAGAAA